CAUUUAAGCGUCCGUAUUCGGUCCCAAGUGUAAGUGGGCAUCUAUGUAGUACAUAGUACAUACAAUAUUAAUAAACGUUGAAGAGUUUUGAGAGUUUAUUGUUCUCACAGUUGAUCAAAAUGUACAAAAUCAGAUUAUUUGGAACACAAAAUGUAUCCACUGCAUUUAAUAUUGUUACUCGAAAUAUUACUGCUCUUUCUAUGCUACCGGAGACACAUGUAAUGCUUCAAAAGACAUGCAAAGACUUUGCCGAAGGAGAAUUAAAGCCAAUAGCUGCAGAAAUUGAUAAGAAACAUCUUUAUCCAAAAGAUCAGAUACAAAAGAUGGGAGAAUUAGGUUUAAUGAGCAUAGCAGUCCCUGAAAGUUUAGGUGGCACCGGGCUUGAUUAUUUGGCAUAUGCUAUUGCACUGGAAGAAAUAUCCAGAGGUUGUGCCAGUGCAGGAGUUAUAAUGAGUGUAAAUAAUUCCCUGUAUUUGGGACCAAUAGAAAAGUUUGGCAGUAAGAAUCAGAAAGAAAAAUAUGUUACUCCUUUUACAACUGGUAUAAAAAUUGGAUGUUUUGCCCUUAGCGAGCCUGGUAAUGGUAGUGAUGCAGGUGCUGCUUCUACUACUGCCACAAAAAAUGGAAUUAAUUAUAUAAUAAACGGUACAAAGUCAUGGAUAACAAAUGCAUAUGAAUCAGAUGCAGCUGUUGUAUUUGCCACCACUGAUAAAUCCAAAAAGCAUAAAGGCAUAAGUGCUUUUAUUGUUGAUAAGCCAAUGAAAGGUUUUGCUGUUGGUAAAAAAGAGGAUAAAUUGGGUAUUCGUGGUAGCAGCACCUGUUCAUUAUACUUUGAAGAUUGUGAAUUGCCAGAUGACAAUUUGUUAGGAGAACCAGGGAUGGGUUUUAAAAUAGCAAUGAUGACUUUAGAUUCUGGCAGGAUAGGUAUUGCUGCCCAGGCUUUAGGUAUAGCUCAAGCGUCGCUCGAUUGUGCAAUUGAGUAUGCAUCAAAACGACAAGCAUUUGGUAACCCUAUUAUCAAGUUACAGGCAAUUCAGCAAAAAAUUGCUGAUAUGGCACUGAAAUUAGAAAGUUCAAGAUUAUUAACAUGGCGUGCAGCUGUGCUCAAAGACAAUGGCAAACCGUUUACAAAGGAAGCUGCCAUGGCAAAGUUGUCGGCAUCCGAGACAGCUACUUUUUGCAGUCAUCAGUGUAUACAAAUUUUAGGUGGGAUGGGUUACGUUACCGAUAUGCCGGCAGAACGUCAUUACAGAGAUGCACGUAUAACUGAAAUUUACGAGGGUACUUCAGAAAUACAAAGACUGGUUAUAGCUGGAAACGUUGUUAAAGAAUACAAUCUGAACUGAAAUUAUUAAAUGUAACAGAUGUAACUAUUUUACUAAGAUUUUUGUAUACGGGCAAAUAUUUUUUAUACGUUUUCUUCGAUUUUUAUACAUAUAUAAUAUAUUUUUUCAUUAUACGAGAAAGAAGUCAAUAAAUUUUAUACGCUAUGACUUAUA